AAGGCUGGUAUUUUGUUCCAGAAAAGGUGGCAACCCUAUUUACAAGUCCUUCUAUAUGUAACAGAAUCAGCAUUUAAUGGCAUUAAUAAUCUGAAAUGGCAUAAACACACAUUAGUAACAGUAAAAAGACCUUUAUGGAAGUUGCACAAAACCAGGUUCUAUUGAAAAGUUACAAAGUGGAAAAUUCAUGAAACCCAGAUUUGGAACCGUGACCCCUUGACCAAAUAUUGGCCACUCUAUAGUGCACGGUUCUGAAAUUGUGGGGCAAAAACAUUGGAGGUGGGUGACCAGCCAAAUGCCAAUAAAGGUCAGAUUUGGGAUGAAUGGUCUGAAGCAUGCCUUUUAUUGCAGAAACUCUUUAGUAUUAAAUUGUUAAAGGGUGGAAGUUUUAAUUUGCAUUAUUUUCACGAAAACUGAAACUUACCACAUCACCAGUUUGCUAAAAAGCAACAAUGACAAGUUUUGGGGAAUUAAAUUUGCAUCGGUGAAAAUUCUCUUUGGAUUGGGAACAUUCAGAGCUUUUCGCCUGGUGAAAUUCCUCCAGUAAAUAUUUGUCAAUUUAAAAAGAACACAAUAAUUUUCACCAGGAGAAAUUUCUCCAGGUUCAGGCUAGCAAACUGCCAUUAUAAAGACAGCACAGCCAUCUUUGCAUCUCAUUACCUACAUCACUUUCUCCAAGCUAAUAUAUACUUUAUGACAUUAUUUCUACACCAUACUAUGUAGAAAAUACAAUGAAUUUCACCACACUUAUCUCAUACUUACUAGGCUAUGCAUUUUUUUUUCAUGUAACUGUAAGGUUAUAUAAGUAACUGUCCACAUGAUAUGAAUACAUUUUACUUUAUCAGAAAAUCCUGAAUGUUUCAGUGAAAUUUUUUUUUCUAUCACAAGAUAUGAGCUGCCUCUGAUCAAUAAGGAGUUAACACAGUAUAAAGGGAUCAGAUAGCCCAGUCAUUGCAUACGCUAGCACAGUAAUGGAUGCUGGCUGCGCUCAAGCACAACCUGCUCUUCUAGAUUACAAAACAGAGAAAUAUUUGCUGACGAAAAACAGAAAGGUCGGAGUAAUAUAUCGCUUUCUUCAUCUUGCCAUUUUAUGCUACAUUAUUGGGUGGGUUUUUCUUGCAAAGAAGGGAUAUCAAGAUACUGACUCAGACCCUCAUUUCUCCAUAAUAACAAAACUGAAGGGAGUCUCAAUCACCAAGAAUUUCAGAAAUUCCCAAGAGAAGAUUUGGGAUGUGGCUGAUUUUGUUAAACCAUCUCAGGGAGAAAACGUUCUAUUUUUGGUUACAAAUUUCAUUGCAACAACAGGUCAAGUUCAAAGGACUUGUGCUGAGAACCCUGUCAAUUCAGAUGCCAGAUGUAGUGAAAACCUGGACUGUGUUGCCGGAGAACCAGUUGUUAAUGGAAAUGGUAUAAAAACUGGAAAAUGUGUUAUGUUCAACCAUACUCAGUCCACUUGUGAGAUUUAUGGAUGGUGUCCUGUUGAAAAUGAAUCACUCCUGAGGAAACCUCGUUUAAAUGAAGCUGAAAAUUUCACUCUCUUCAUUAAAAAUGUUGUUCACUUCAGUAAGUUUAACUUCUCACGGGCCAAUACCCUGGACACGUCCGAUGAGACCUAUUUUAAGAACUGCAGGUACAAUCCAGUCUCCAGUCCAUACUGCCCAGUCUUUCAAAUUCAAGAGAUUAUAACACAAGCUGGACAGAGCUUUGAGGAACUCUCUGUUAUGGGUGGAGUUGUUGCAGCUCGCAUAGAGUGGAAAUGUGAUUUAGAUCGCCCUGCAGCUGAGUGUCUACCUCAAUAUUCCUUUAGACUUCAAGACACUAAAAACAACUUCAGAACUGCCACAUACUAUUGGGACCAAGAAAGGAAGGAAUAUCGAGACCUUUUCAAGCUUUAUGGCUUCCGGUUUGAUAUUUCAGUAACUGGUGAGGCAAGAAAGUUUGGGGUUGUCCCAACCGCCGUCAGUCUUGGUACUGGUUGUGCUUUUCUUGGGGCAGCAACAUUUCUGUGUGACCUGAUUUUAUUAUACUUAGACAAAAAAGCCAGUUUCUACCGGAGCUGUAAAUAUGAAGAGGUUAAGCCACCCAAAAAUCAACAAACUAUACAGGAAACAAGAAACGAAUAACAAGGAAUAAUGAAAGUCUGCAAAUUUUUAAAUAUUGGUUCUUGUUGAACCUCUAAAAACUGAAAAAAUUAGUGCUUCAAGUCAUCUCCUUGGAACUGAUGACUUCUGUCUUGGGCAUUACUUGCAACAGUUAGGAGUUUCUUGGAUCCAACGCAAUUUUUAUGCACCUCACCCAAACAUGUAGGCUGACACUAAUGGAGAAAUGAGGAAACUGAUCCAUGUUGUCUUUUUUGGCUUCCAUGGACUGGAUGCAAUAUUUUUAGCAAUAUUCCACAGGCUUCUGUAAAAUAUUGUCUGCUUUUGAUGAGAGAGACCUUCCCUCAAAUCCAAAGAAACACAAAAAGGAAGCUACAUAUGGGUUAUUAUGACUUGUUUAUACUGUUACUUGUUAUUUUGUAUCAUAAAGAAGAAGCCAAAUGUU